GGAGCUCACCGCUCACCGCGUCUGUUCAUUGUGUCUGACAGUGCUUAUGGCGUGACUAAAAUUGCCUUAGACGGCGUUUGGGCCCCGGACGGCCCUUCUAAUCCACGGCUUGCGCACGUCAAAUCAAUGACAGCUUGUCUCGAGUUCCUCGCCCCCAUAUGCAUCCUGCUCGUGCAGGACGGAGCGCACGACAGUGGCGCACUGGAGCCAGAUGCUGGACGCGCAGGGACCUUAUGCAGCAAUGCGCUAUUAAUUGGAGCACGAACGAGUGCGAUGAGCCGCUCGUAGCUAUAUAUAGCACGGCCGGGACCCCAAUGUGUCCUGCCUCUUUCCAUGAUGUAACCGUUUGGCAAUCAGCCCUUCCUAUAUAAGCUCCCUGUCUCCCUCUCCGCAGUCAUUUCUCCCUUGGUCCCUACAUCAUAGCAACAGACGUCCCCGCUCCCGCUGCACAUAUUCUCUUUACGAUGGAAGCCCCCAAAGCUGCUCACGUUACUGCAAACCAGCCCCAGGCUGCCGUACAAAUGAACGCCAUGAACCCUGCUACCCCUGCAAACUCGCAACAGCAUGAGCAGCAUGAGCACAAGGCCCAUCGCAUCCGUGGCGGUGGAGCCGGCAAGGACUGCUUCAUCGGCUUGUUCGGGUGCUUCGUCUGCUUCGAAUGCUGCGAGGGCUGCUGCGAUUGUGCCGCCGACAUCCUCUGCUGCCCUUGCGAAAUGUGCUGCUAGAUACAUACUCGAGAUCUUUGACGACUCCAACAUUAACGCUUGUAGCCUACGCGGUGUUGUUCCUUGCACAUCUCGCUUGUAGUCACUGCUGAACACCUGUUUUCUGUAUAUUUCUUGUGAAACGUCGACGCUUGCACGAGGACAGUCCUCAAUUUCGAACGCGC